AUGGCUCAAACACGAUUUUAUGCUACGGAAAGGCGCUUGCAGGGUAAUCCAAGAUUACGCAARGAUUAUAACCAGUUUAUGCAAGAGUACGUUAACCUUGGGCAUAUGAARGAAGACMCCGCAGAGGUUCAGUGCCAUGAACUGGAAGUAUUCCUACCAYAUCAUUGCGUCAUCAAGGCUGACAGCGAAACGACACGGCUCCGAGUAGUAUUCGAUGGCUCCGCAAGGGGUACCAAGGGUAUGUCCUUGAACAACGCACUAUUGGUUGGGCCAACGGUUCAGGACGACCUUUUUUCAAUCACUGCUCGGUUUCGGACUCACCGAUAUGUCUUCACCGGGGACAUAGAAAAAAUGUACCGGCAAAUAAAAAUAAUGAAGUCACAAACCCACCUACAAAARAUAUUUUGGAGAGAUAGCCCGCACCAACCGUUAAAGACUUUCACACUGCAAACGGUCACUUACGGCACCUCCUCAGCCUCAUACUUGGCAACUCGGACUCUCGCUCAGCUCGCCCAGGAUGACGGAGUUAUGUUCCCACUAGCCGCCGGAAUCAUCAACAAAGAUUUCUAUGUGGACGAUGCUUCUUCRAAUGAACUUGAAUUAUUGAGAGCGGUACGUGUAGUUGAGAAUUUAGGACAAUCCAUAAUGAUGUGUGCAAUUGUAAGGUGA